AUGACGACGGCGGCCAGGCCGACGUUUGAACCGGCGAGAGGCGGGAGAGGCAAAGGAGAGGGCGACCUGAGCCAGCUCUCGAAGCAGUACUCCAGCCGAGACCUGCCGUCGCACACCAAGAUCAAGUACCGGCAGGCCACGCAGGAGGCCCCCGAGGAGCUGCGCAACCGGGACUUCCGAAGGGAACUGGAGGAGCGGGAGCGAGUCGCCGCCCGGGAGAAGAACCGCGAUCGCCCCGCGCGGGACCGCGCCGCCUCCUCCUCCUCCUCCUCCUCCUCCGGCGCCAAGAAGCCGCGCCUGGACCAGAUCCCCGCGGCCAACCUGGACGCCGACGACCCGCUCACCGACGAGGACGACGAGGACGACGAGGCGGCCGACGACAGCGACGAGGACGACACCGCGGCGCUGCUGGCCGAGCUGGACAAGAUCAAGAAGGAGCGGGCCGAGGAGCAGGCCCGCAAGGAGCAGGAGCAGAAAGCCGAAGAAGAGCGGAUCCGCAUGGAGAACAUUCUGAGCGGCAACCCGCUCCUGCAUCUCACCGGCCCCGCGCAGCCCCCCGCCAGCUUCAAAGUGAAACGCAGGUGGGACGACGACGUGGUGUUCAAGAACUGUGCCAAAGGCGUGGACGACCAGAAGAAGGACAAACGCUUCGUCAACGAUACCUUGAGGUCCGAAUUUCACAAGAAAUUCAUGGAGAAAUACAUCAAGUAGGGCAGGCUUUGGUGUGCUGCGUGGAAGGCCGGACGAUGGAAACGAUCUUUCACUUUUUUUUUUUAUGUCUUCUCCUUCAUCCAGACUGAAUGGAUGGACUUUCUGAUGUUAAGUUCUGGGUGCUUUUUUUUUUCUUUAUUGAUGUUUAUUAGUGUUUUUUUUUUCUUUUUAGCGUGAACGGGGGAAUCUGCUUGUAAUAAAUACUUUCAGUGGUCUAAAUUAAAAAGGAAAAA